AUGGGAUUGGAUGAAAGAGUUGGUCUCCCUGUGAGAAGUAGAGAAGUAAGAGAUAUGAGAAGCUGCAUGGAGCAGUGUAGCCUUAGGGAUAUUAAGGUGAAUGGUAACUUUUUCACCUGGACAAAUAAACAGGAGGGAGAAGCCAGAGUAUUUUGCAAGUUAGAUAGGGCCCUUGGCAAUGUAGAAUGGGAAAAUAAAUGGGAAAUGAUUGAAGCUUAUACUUUUCCAGAGGGUGAGUAUGACCACUGCCCUGUGAUAUUGAAAGUGGUGUCAGCUACUCACAAAAAGAAGCCAUUUAGGUUCUUCAACAUGUGGUGUAAUUCACCAAGGUUUCUGCCUAUAGUUCAAGAAGGAUGGCAAAUACAGAUCCAAGGCACAAAGAUGUUCCACGUUGUCAUGAAGCUGAAAAAUUUGAAGGGAGCUUUGAAGGGGCUCAACAAGACUGAGUAUGGUGAUAUUUCAGUCCACCAUAGUAGAUCACAACAACAAAUGAUGGAAGCUCAAGCUCAAUUGCAUCAAGACCCAACAAAUAUUCUUUUGAGGCAAAAGGAAUGUGAAGACCUGCUGGGAAGUAGUGAUGAUACAAGGAAGGUGGAUAAUAGAAUUGUCCAACAAGGGAAAGUGUUAAGCACAGAACAACAACAAUGGUUAGAUUUGACCUUUGAUGUCAGAGAGAUAAAGCAGGCCAUUUUUUCCAUCACUAAUGAGAAGGCUCCAGGAAUUGAUGGUUACUCCAAUUUCUUCUUCAAGAAAAGCUGGGAUAUUAUAGGCCAGGAGGUAAUAACAGCUAUACAAGAUUUCUUCAGGACUGGGAGAAUGUUACAGGAAUUAAAUGUGACAGCCAUCACUUUAAUUCCUAAAAUCAAAUGUCCUGCUGGAGUUGGGGACUACAAGCUCAUUGCCUGCUGCUCAGUGAUUUACAAAGCCAUCCCAAAAUUGAUUUGUUCCAGGCUUAGCUCCAUCUUGCCAGAGUUGAUUUCACCCAAUCAAGGUGCAUUUAUAAAAGGGAGAAGUAUUAUGAGCAAUAUCCUGUUAUGUCAGGACCUUGUUAAGAGAUUCAAUAAAAGGCAGAAUCAAGAGAGAGGGAUUAUGAUGAAGAUAGACCUCAGGAAGGCCUAUGACUCAGUAGAAUGGAAAUUCAUAGAAGAGUUAAUUCAGGCUCUUCAUUUUCCCCCUCAUUUCAUCAGAUGCAUUAUGAGCUAUAUUAGAACACCCAAGUUUACAUUGCUGAUUAAAGGGAGUACUGAAGGGUUCUUUUCUGCAAAAAAGGGAUUAAGGCAAGGGGACCCAAUGUCCCCAUUGCUGUUUGUGAUUUAUGACUUACUCAUGUUCUGCAAAGGGGAAGCUCACUCAGCUUACCUAUUGUUACAAGGUCUGAAACUCUUCUCUGAAACAUCAGGGCUACAGGCCAAUAAUGCCAAAUCAGCUCUUUACUGCAGUGGCAUUAAUGAAGAUGAAGCAAAUAGAAUUCAGCAGCAUUUUCUCUGGAGUGGUAAGGCUGUGGGAGUCAAGAGUGGCUACAUUAACUGGGAUCAGGUGUGCUCACCUAAGAAAAUGGGAGGAUUGGGGUUGAGGAAUGUUACAAAGUGGAACCUAGCUGCAGUGGGGAAGCUUGUGUGGCAUAUUGGCAAAAAGAAAGAAGACUUAUGGGUUAAAUGGAUUCAUUCCAUUUAUAUUAAGGAGCAAUGUUGGUGGAGUUUCAGUGCUCCUCCAAAUGCAAGCUCGACAGUAAAGCAAUUGUGCAAAGUAAAAGAUGCUUUAAGUGGUGUGAAUAUGCAGAAAUGGCAGGUAGAUAACAAAUAUUCUAUAGCAACAGUGUUCCACACUAUCACUCAUCAGGGGGAAGCUGUGAACUGGGACAUGGUGUUUGGCACAGGAUGGCUCUCCCUAAACACAGAAUAA